AUGCUGAACAAUAAGAAAUUACCGUUAAUUUUAACAAUUGUGCUAAUUAAAUUUAAAUUUCAUACUUGUCUCGAAGUGAAAACUUCGCCGUCUAUCAAGAUACUUUCGGAAACUUUAAUUAAAAUCAUUGAGGAGUUCUACAGCACACGUACGUCAUCGAUAGAUAUUAACUUCGGAUAUUCAGAUACCGUCGGAAGAUUAUCGACACGUGAUAUCUUAAACAAAGUUUUAUAUAAAACGCAUGAUGUAAUCGCGUCCCGAAUCGAGCACUCCCCAAAAGCAAACAUUGAUGUACCACGGAAAUUUAACAUAUUUUUGAUAGACAGCCUGGAAUCAUUCGACCGACUUAGUGACAAUAUCAACAACAAACUGUACAAUCUCGAAGGAUAUUUUCUUAUUGUGGUAACAAAAGCGGUUGUGGAUCGGUUUGAGUUGUCCUAUCAUAUCUUCCAAAGGCUUUUCAAUUUAUACAUAAUAAAUGCAAAUCUUAUUUAUGCAAGCGCAGACCAGGUGGAUAUCUAUUCCUUUUUCCCAUUCACCGAUCAACACUGUAACAAAGUCAUGCCGGUUCUGUAUAAUUCUUUCCGGAAUGGUAGUUUUGUGCGAAAUAUAGAUAUCUUCCCCGAUAAGCUGACUAAUUUCUACGACUGUAGAAUAAAUGUGGUCACAUGGCCAUUUGGUCCUCAUAUAUAUCUGCGGAAAUUAGAGGAUGGAACCAUAACACCAGAAGGAAUAGAUGGAUUCAUCUUACAAGUACUACAAGCGGAUCUCAAUUUUUCCGUCAACUACAUAUUGCCACAAAAUGCAGAUGAUCGUGGGACUAUUUUCCCCAAUGGAACUGCCACAGGAGCCCAUAAACUGAUGACCGAAGGUGAUGGAAACUUCACAAUUUGUGGAUAUGCAUACACAGACUACAGGUCCACAUUCCUGACUGCAAGCCGAUACUAUUAUUACACAUCAAUUGUUAUAGUGAAGCCAGGUCAACCUCUUUACACCACCCUAGAACGUCUAUUUUUCCCAUUUGAUUACAUAGUUUGGUGGUGCCUUGGAUCCAUCUUUUUAGCUAGCUAUGUGUUGAGUGGAGUCCUCAAAGUUUUUAACGAGAAAUAUUUAGACUUCUUGGUCGGCGUAGGAAACGAUUCACCAAUUCUUCAAAUGUUCGCUACAGCAAUUGGGGAAAAUGCAACAAUUUUACCUAAACGAAACUUUGGUCGUACCAUUCUCAGCAUUUGGUUGUUGGCAAACAUCAUAGUCAGAAGCUCGUACCAAGGACUACUCUUUGGAUUUUUACAGAAAACCCAGUAUAAGAAAAUACCACUAACUCUUGAUGGCUUAUUAGACGAAGGUUACAAGAUUUACGCACCACGGUCAUUCAUUUCCAUAUUUGAAGCUGUUGGAAUCCCUCCUGAAAAAUGCGAGACAAUUAAACUGCCAAUUGAACCGUACUUCAGAAGGACGCAAGACCCGCAGUGCAAAAGGACUUUGAUAACCACCAACUUUCAAAUCAUCAUAUACAACAGUGAGAAUUGGUCCAGACCAGCACUGGAUCUUCUACCGCAACGAGUAUUCCAAUUACCCAUGGUUAUCCUGUACAAGAAAAAUUCCUACCUUAAGGCUCCUUUCGACAGGACACUGCAAAAACUUAUUGGCAGCGGCUUAAUUGACCACUGGGCUUCUUUGUACAUGAACCGGACAGCAAGUAAUGACGAAUUGAUAUCUGAUCCCAAGGCAAUAACUGUCCAGGAUUUCCUAGGAACUUUUAUGCUUUGCGGGAUACUCCUAGUGGUUGCAUUAUUUGUAUUAAUAAUGGAAUUGGUUGCCUCGAACUGGGUCAGAUUACAAAAGAUUAUCGAUUUCCAUACUUACUGA